CAGAUUGAAGCUGGUGCAAAACGAGAGACGACUUCUUCGGAGGAAAAACACCAAGUUUGAAUCCAACCUUGUCGCUUGCAGCGCUUCCUUAAGCCUCGGACGUUUUCUUUCACGUUUGCAGUCCGGUCUCUUAGCAGCCGGACGACCUCACCAUCAACACGGCAGCUCUCUCAGCAAACCUGCGGGACAGCUUCGCGCUGCCGCCGCACAUGCUGGGUAUGCAGGCCAGCGAGGCGAUGCCCGUUGCAUCUAGCUUCGGACAUCGUCACACUCAAUCGUUCGCACCCAAGGCUUCCUUAGGUGGCGACGGCUUCGGCUUUCCGCAGUCAUCAUUCCACUCAGCUCAGCCGUCCAUUAGCAGUUAUGCUGAUAGGCACCCCCAGAGGAACACAAUACAGCCGAUCAACACAACGCGGCUACCAUCGACAGACAGCUACAACACUGCGAGCAUGCAGACGCCGCAAACGGGCUAUGACAUGAACUUCACUCCUCUUCUACCGUCGCAGCUGUUGAUGGGCAGUCCCUUUCAGGCCGGCUCGCCGUCUACUUUCCAGUCCCCGCAGUUCCAAAGCUUUUCCAACUUCUCUCAGCAGAACGCUGGUCCUCGUCACAACCAGCAGCAGCAGCAGCAUCAUAUGAGCAAUGCAUUCCACCAACAACAGCCGAUGUCUCCAACUGUCUUCAAUACCAUGGGCUCUCCGACAACGCUUGGUGCACCGUCCUACUUCGGAAUGCAGGCACCUACGACAAGCUUCAAUGCUCUAAAUGGAGCCAACCUGGGCGGCUACGGCCCUGCAAUGAACCUCGCUCCUGGCCUCAUGUCAGGUACAAGUCGUACCGUGUACCUAGGUAACAUUCCUCCGGAGACUUCUGCUGAAGAGAUUCUCGGUCACGUACGCAGCGGUCAGAUUGAGUCUGUCCGUUUGCUGCCAGACAAGAACUGUGCCUUCAUUUCAUUUCUGGAUGGCUCUUCAGCAACCCACUUCCACUCCGAUGCAAUCCUGAAGAAGCUCUCAAUCAAGGGUCAGGACAUUAAGAUCGGCUGGGGCAAGCCAUCUUCGGUGCCUACCUCAGUCGCGCUUGCUGUACAGCAGUCUGGUGCUUCGCGGAACGUCUACCUUGGAAACCUACCAGAGGAAGUAACGGAAGAUGAGCUGCGUGAGGACCUGAGCAAGUUUGGCCCCCUCGAUACCAUCAAGAUCGUCAGAGAGAAGGCUAUCGGCUUCGUCCACUUCUUGUCGAUAGGGAACGCCAUCAAGGCCGUUACGCAGCUGCCACAGGAGCCCAAAUGGCAGCCGCCACGCCGAGUCUACUACGGCAAAGACCGAUGUGCUUACGUCUCGAAAACCCAACAACAGAAUGCUGCCCAGUAUCUUGGCAUUGCGCCCGGCUACGCUCACGUGCUCAAUGGGGCCGACCGCGAUCUGAUCACGAACGCUCUAGCACAGCAGUCUGUCGCAGCUGCGGCAGUCGCGACCACUGCCGGCGGCGUUAAUAACCUCGGCAACCGUACGGUCUAUCUUGGCAACAUCCACCCAGAGACCACGAUCGAAGAGAUCUGCAACGUCGUUCGCGGUGGCUUGUUACAUCAUAUUCGCUACAUACCCGACAAGCAUAUCUGCUUUGUCACCUUCAUCGAUCCGACUUCUGCCGCGUCAUUUUACGCCUUGAGCAACUUGCAGGGCCUCAUGAUCCACAACCGCAGAUUGAAGAUUGGAUGGGGCAAACACUCCGGCGCUCUUCCUCCUGCGAUUGCACUCGCCGUUUCUGGCGGUGCUUCCCGUAACGUGUACAUUGGUAACUUGGACGAGUCAUGGUCCGAAGACCGCCUGCGUCAAGACUUCCAGGAGUAUGGUGAGAUUGAACUGGUCAACACCUUGCGAGAGAAGAGCUGUGCUUUCGUGAACUUUACGAACAUUGCAAAUGCGAUCAAAGCAAUCGAGGCAGUCAGAGGCAAGGAUGAGUACAAGCGCUUCAAGGUGAACUUUGGCAAAGACCGAUGCGGAAACCCGCCCAGACAUGUCCUCAAUGCGCAGCAGAUGCAGCAACAGCAACAGCAACAGCUAGGACUCACAGCUCAGUGUCGCCCGCGAGCUCAGGUGCCAAUGCUUACAAUCCUCUCAACGGACCGACUGCGUCUACAAUCUUCAACACAGGCAAUAACAACCCUCUUACAAUGUAUCUAGCCGCGACUCAACAACAUGUUCAAGCAGCGGCCGAGGCGUCGCAGCAGGCAGCUCAACAAACAGCGCAGCAGCAACGUAGCGAGUCGACUCCGUCUCCUUUCUCUGCUCAAACAUACCAAAACCAGCAGACUUACCAGCACCCACAAUCAGCAACGCAGCUUCAGAGCCAGCAGGCAUUUUACAGCUCACCUAAUGAAGUGACUUCGACGCGGUCUUCCGGCCUUGAGCCUCCGUCUCAACUGUACGGUCACGGGAGCCACCAGAGCAUGUACCUCACUAACGGCGCGGCGUCGCAUUCAUACAACAACUCGCAGAACCUUCGAGCCCAGCACAGCCGUACUCUGAGCUUGCCUGCAUUCUCACUACAGCAGGCGCAACAAGCCCAGCAGCAGCAACAACAAAGCCCCGCUGGAUAUGGUGGACUUAGCAACGGGCUUGGUGGUUAUGGCAGCGCAUAUGGUCUAGGUGUCAGCGGCGAAGGCACGUUGCCAGGGUGG